AUGGUCCGGGCUAUGGCUGCACAUUUCGAUGAUGACCGGCCGAAUGUUGGUGAUCAGACGGUGGUUCCGGGUAAAGGGGUGCUGCAGCAGAAAGGCCGCGCCGCCGCCGCCGCGAGUGAAGCUGCGACGCAGCUCAUCCUGGAUCAUGAUGAUCUCUCCGAGCUGCGCGACAGCAGCUUUUCUCCGCUGAAAUUCAGGUCCACAGAGGACCUGGUGAACGGUUUAGAUGAGAAGAUAUCUGCCUGCUUCGGAACUGUUCACGCCAAGACAGACAGCAUCUCUUCGGUGAGCGUGAUCGCUGAGGACACGCUGCUGGAGAAAGACGAAAUCUGGAACGCUCUUACCAGUAACUAUGGCCGUGCGAUGCCGGUGGACUGGAAACAGUCUCGAACCCGCUGCCUCUACAUCUCCACAUUCAACCUGGAGGAGAAACCUAGAAAGACGGAUGUUGCGGCAGAGCUGUCGGAUGAGGAGGAGCUGAGGGAGCAGCUGGACAUGCACUCCAUCAUUGUCCCGUGUCUGGCAGAGGAGCCCCUGGUCACAGCAGAGCAGGUAAUUGAGGAAAUUGAAGAAAUGAUGCAGGACUCAUCUGAUGUGGAGGCAGACCCCAAUCCAUCACAGUCAGACCUGUCCAUGUUCUCCCUGGACAUCCAUCAGACCAGUCCUGGCUUCGAAGAGAGUGAGUGUCAGGUGCAGCACAUUAUGAUGGGACUCUAUAUUGUCACCAGCAGCUUAUGUUUCCUGUCUGUGUGCAAUCCAGGGGUGAGGACCCUAAGCAUUGCAGAGCUGAUGCAGUGUCUGGAGGAGGCCGAGAUGAACAUCAGGAGGUUUUCAGAAGAGCUGGUGCAGCAGCUGGCCAUCAGGGACGAGCUGGACUUUGAGAAGGAGGUGAAGAACAGUUUCAUCUCAGCACUCAUCGAUGUGCAGAACCGACAGAAGGAACAUCGGGAGUCGCUGAGGAAGAAGAAGAAGCUAAAAGGUGGAGGUGGGACGGUGCAGGGCCUCACGGAGAAAACACCCGGAUCGCGCUUCAGCAUGGAGGGACUCUCCUCUGUUAUUCAGAACAGCUUCCGGCAAACGUUUGGGAAUGGGUGCAGUGAAAGACAGUAUUUGACCACAGUCAUUCCUUAUGAGAAAAAAGGACAUCCCCCUUCUGUUGAAGACCUCCAGAUCCUGACCAAAAUUCUACAAGCUAUGAGAGAUGACAGCGACAAGGUGCCCAGUCUUCUAACAGACUACAUUCUCAAUGUGUUUUGCCCGACGUAGCUCAGGUGGAUGGAGCCUGACACUCUGUGGAUGCUUCUGAUGGUUUACCAUGACGACAAGAUGAAGAGGACUCAUUGUUUUUUGUUUUUAUGACUUUUCUUUCUUUCUUUCUUUUCCACAUGAAGCACACUUAAGUUAUUUCUGGAUGUUUUUACUUCUGUCUGUCUCUUUUUUGCACUCAGAUCUAAAUUCACCAUUUUAUUUCAUGUGAAGCAUUGUGAUUUACAAACUUUGUGUGUUUCUGUGAAUUUUGGUGUGCAUUUUAAUUUUCUUGCACUAUGAAAGUGUGUCAUGAAAAAGCUGAAUUUAUUCAGAAAUAUGCCUAGAUAAGAUUAUAAGUUAGAGCAAAGCCAAGAUGCAAAGUGCUUUGUAUAUAUUUGAAGUGCUUAAUUAUACUCUGAGCCAGGGAACAAAUGCACAAUGCAUAUUUACACAGAAUUUGCAGUAGUAGCAAUUUAAGAGAUUUAUGAGCAAAACAUUCAAAAGGCAUAAAAUGAAAAGUAAGCUGAAAAUGAUAAAAAAAAAAGGUAUUAAAGCAGCACAAAAGAUAUCAGAGGUGAAAGAAACUGCAAAGAGGAUAUAAUAAUGCUGUACAAGUAAAUCAGUUAUUUAAGUCACAUCUCUCCACAUAGAUAAGUAUAAAAAGUACAAUCUGCUCUCAUCAGUGUCUUACUCAUCAUCAUCAUCAAUUUAUAAAAGAUAUGAUGAUGAUGGGUGAGAUGAUGUUUCUGGACUUACAUUACACUAACUAUGCAUUUAAGGAAAAAGUGAAUCUGAACCAUGCACUGUCUAUACUUUUCUGACACACACUGCAGCUCUGAAUCAGAGCAUGUUGCGUCAACGUGCCUGCUGUGCACGAGGCAGUGAACACCUCGACUGGGCAUUCUGACUCUGUGUAUUACUUCAUACAAGCUGCCUUUGCCUGAAGUUUUGUAUAAUAUAGAGAACUUAUUUUCAAUGAAUAUCAAGUUAUUAGACCUCUGUCAGUGUUUAUUUAUUUUGUAAAUAUUGUAUUUGAAAAUUAAAAUGUUUGUUUCAGCA